AAUACGACUGUUCAAGAGGUUUUGUUCGCUGUGAUCGUCUGAAAUCUUGCUCUGUAGCGCCUCUCUAACGGCAGUAAUUUUACCCUCGGCACGGGUACACAAUGUGUUUUGGUUUGACGUUUCUUUGUCGCUUAUAUUUCUAAUUUGUAAGUUGCCAAAUGGUGAAAAGACCUCAAAAUGGUCUCCUUAGAAACUACUGGCUCCGAAGGCCUUUCGUCAAAGAAUAUUUUUAUUGGAGCAGCUCUAGCAAUUACGGGAAACCUUCUUAUCAGUAUUUCAAUGAAUAUACAGAAAUAUUCCCAUUUGCGUCAAGCAGAAGAGAAAAGUGAAACACACUACUUGAAGAGUAAAAUAUGGUGGGUUGGUCUUUUUUUAAUGGUUCUCGGAGAAAUUGGAAACUUCUCUGCUUAUGGAUUCUCACCAGCAUCGCUUGUGGCUCCACUUGGAACUACCACUGUAAUAGCUAAUGCCAUCAUUGCUGUUGUUUUUCUGAGGGAAAGAGUGCGAUACCAAGAUGUGUUUGGUGUUACCCUUGCAAUAGUUGGUGCCUUUUUGCUCAUAACGUUUUCAACCAAGGAGUUUUCAGAAUUGACUGGACAGGAAUUGGCAUCAUAUUUGCGACAGUGGCCUUUUCUUGUCUAUCUGGCACUGGAAGUUGCACUGUUUUGCAUUCUUCUGGUUGCUCAAUGGCGCUAUGACUGGGAAAAUGUGGUCGUCUUCCUACUCUUAGUGGCGUUGUUGGGUUCCUUGACUGUAAUAUCAGCAAAAGCUGUAUCGUCCAUGAUAAACAUAACACUUGGUGGAAAAAGUCAGUUGGGACAUCCUUUGUUUUAUGUUAUGCUUAUUGUCAUGAUUACCACAGCUAUUGCACAAGUCAAAUUUCUCAACAGAGCCAUGCAGUCUUUUGAUGCAACUGUUGUGGUCCCCACCAACUUUGUUUUAUUUACAAUUAGUGCCAUUAUAAGCGGUAUUGUUUUAUAUAAAGAAUUCUACGGUCUUACAUUCCUGGAAAUAUUUAUGUUUCUUUUUGGGUGCAUUUUAUCGUUUAUUGGUGUAUAUUACAUCACCUCAGACAGGAAACAGGAAGAGUCAGAUGAGCAACUGUUGCUCACAAAUGCUGACCUGUUCCCUGGAUUUUUGUCACUCUCCUCAUCAAAGUUGAUCGCAGUUCAACCUACCAACAUGUUAACAGCCUCCCAUGUCGAGUAUCCCAUGCUGCCAAGCAAGCCAACUUAUGAAUCAACUGCUGAUGCGGAACAAGUCGAAGGAGAGACAUAACCUGCAAUGAUCUGAAGAGCAAGUUCUUGUACAAACAGCACUUCUAGAGUGAAUCAUUGAGAUGAUGUCCUCGAUCCUGUCUUCCAAAGGA